AUGGCCGACCCGCUGCUGUCCCUGCCGGCAUACCAGAGUCCCAUAAGACACCACCAGCGAACCGCCUCGAGAACAACCACCGUCAAGGUCAGCUUGCUAGUUGCUGUUUCCCGGUCGCAACCCACUCUGACACCGAUUGCACAGGAAACGCUUAAUGCGCGAACACACUACGGCUCUAGCGACGACGACGGCGCAGCAGUCCACCGAAUCAACCAAUACACCAUUAAGCAAGAGAUUGGUCGCGGCUCCUUUGGCGCAGUACACCUAGCUGUAGACCAGUUUGGCAACGAAUAUGCCGUCAAGGAAUUCUCCAAGUCACGUCUGCGCAAGCGCGCGCAAUCCAAUCUUCUGCGACGACCAAAUCAGAGGAGACAGCCUUUCCACAGGAUGUCGACUUCGGAUAAACUCGCCCCGCAAGCAAACAAUUCUCUGGACCUGAUCAAAGAGGAGAUUGCCAUCAUGAAGAAACUACACCACCCCAAUCUUGUUGCGUUGAUUGAGGUCUUGGAUGAUCCGGGAGAAGACUCAUUAUACAUGGUUCUCGAGAUGUGCAAGAAGGGCGUCGUUAUGAAGGUUGGCAUCGACGACAGAGCCGAUCCCUACGACGAAGAAACAUGCAGAUGUUGGUUCCGUGAUAUGAUUCUAGGCAUCGAGUACCGCAUCGUGCAUCGAGAUAUCAAGCCCGACAAUUGUCUCAUCAACGAGGAUGACAUACUCAAAAUCGUCGACUUUGGCGUAUCAGAAAUGUUCGAGAAGGAGUCCGACAUGACCACAGCAAAAUCGGCUGGUUCGCCUGCAUUCAUGCCUCCAGAACUUUGUGUCGCAAAACACGGCCAUGUGUCUGGCAGAGCUGCCGACAUCUGGUCGAUGGGUGUCACGCUGUAUUGUCUCAGAUAUGGCAAAAUCCCCUUCGAGAAGACGGGCCUACUCGAGAUGUACAAAGCGAUUCGCACGGAUGAUUAUCCAUUAGAAGAGCAUAAUUCAGACUUUGAAGAUCUUAUGCGUAAGAUCCUGGAGAAAGAUCCUGAACGCAGGAUCAAGAUGGAGGAAGUCAGGAACGGAGAGGAUCCUCUACUUUCAAUGGAGGAGAACUGCGCCGAUAUGGUUGACACGCCGACCCAAGAGGAGAUGAACCACGCCAUCACGGGCAAUAUGAAGCACCUUUUGGUUGUGAAACUCCUGUUUCACAAGCGUCCAGAACUGAUGGAUGGUUUGUUCGGCCGGUCAUCUCGCAUAGUAGCGCCUCCUGGUAGUAUCGAAACGAGGCACAGACGAACACGCAGUAGUGAUGCUGACGACAGAAGGCCGAUGGAGGGAGUCUUGACCGCGGAAGGUAUACAUCACGAUGUCGUGGUAUCCGACGACAUGGUCUGCAGUCCUGGAGAGAUGGACGACCCAGAAACCGAUCCGAUACAUGAUGGUGUUGAACACACUGAACGCUCAGACAAGAACGCGCAGCAGGACUCGGUAGAUCGCGCUUUGAAAGAAGCUCCACACAAAGGCCACGCUCACGACCCCCUAUCCGAAACGACAUAUCUCGGGAUAGGAACCGGAAGCGACUCACCGUCAGCACACCCCUCAGAAGAGGUGGAAGACAGUGAUCUACCAGAACACGUAGUCUGUGAAUCACCCGGCGCGGUUGAAAACAACUUCUUCGAGCAGGCCUACCAGGAAGAAAUGCAACGCAUACACACUAGAAGAGGACGCAACCCCACCAUCUACCUCACACGCCGUGUCGAGCACAAUAAGGCCAUCGCUGAGCAUGAGAGUGUCAUCCGUGACUCUUUAAAUUCCGCAUCCCAAGGCCCUAAGAGCAAGUGGGCUGGUCUGGCGAGUAAAGUUCGUGGCGCUGAUGUCGUCGAAGCUGCAAAAUCGGGAGCUGAAGACGAAGACAAGGAAGAGAAAGAGUGA